GGUCUGGUGGUGCGGAUCGUCGCGCAGCGGGUGUUGUGCGUGCUGUGUAGUGAGUGCCAGGUGUCAUGUGGCAGGGAUGGGGGCCGACGACCCCCAUGUCUUAACCUGCUGCCCCAUUGUGUCUGGUGGGGGCUCAGCCGCAGCAGGCGCGGCUCUCCAGUGAAUUGUGUGGUGUGACAUGGCCAUCGCCGUGGGAGGCAAAGAAAGUGUUGGUGAGGGCGGCGUGUGGGCGUCCGGGUCCCGCCCGCAUGAAGACUUGUGCACCAGAACUAGCUGGGCGGACGCCCGCACCGCCCUCGCCCAUAUUAACAAGGGUCGGGCGACGGGGAGUCGAGCAGCACUAUGGGUGCGGACCAAACUGCAGAUGCAGCUGCUGCAUUUCGGGGUAUUCUGCCAGAGACAUGCGGGGAAAGUGUUGUUCGUGGCCCUGCUCGUGCUCUCCACCUUCUGCGUCGGCCUCAAGAGUGCCACUCUCCUCACCGAUGUACAGAGAUUAUGGGUCGAAGAGGGCGGGCGGCUGGAGCAGGAGCUGGCCUACGUGGAGAAGAGUCUGGGGGAGGGCGCCGGCACCACCAAGCAGAUCCUCAUCCUGACGCCCAAGGACCAGGGCGCCAAUGUCCUGCACCCUCGCGCCCUCCUCACUCACGCUGCCGUCCUCACCGCCGCCACCCGCGUCAACGUCGACAUGUUCGACAUUUCGUGGAGUUUGCGAGACUUGUGUUUCGCUCCCAGCUUUCCAGUCUCUGAUAAUUACCUAAUAGAAAAGAUCUUCGAGGUGAUGACGCCGUGCGCCAUCAUCACCCCUCUCGCCUUAUUUAAAAUAUACCCAUGUAAGGUGGGCGGGCAGCUGGGCGGGCAGCUGGGCGGGCAGCUGGGCGGGCAGGUGGGCGGGCAGGUGGGUGGGCGGGCAGCUGGGCGGGUAGGUGGGCGGGCAGGUGGGAGGGCAGGUGGGCGGCAGGUGGGCGGGCAGCUGGGCGGGCAGGUGGGCGGGCAGCUGGGCGGGCAGGUGGGCGGGCAGGUGGGCGGGCAGCUGGGCGGGCAGGUGGGCGGGCAGCUGGGCGGGCAGGUGGGCGGGCAGCUGGGCGGGCAGGUGGGCGCGCAGGUGGGCGGGCAGCUGGGCGGGCAGGUGGGCGGGCAGCUGGGCGGGCAGGUGGGCGGGCAGGGUGACCAGGAGCAGGAGGUCACCGCAGGAGAUGGAAAUUGUCCCGUUAUAAGAGUAGGUGUACCUGAAGUACUAUUAUCAGCUAGCACACCUCCAGUGUUCACGAGGGAACACCAACAUCCUACCUCGACUGCGAACUGCGUCACCAACAGUUUGUUUAAGCAGACCAACAGCCUUGAAGUUGGUCAGAGACCGGGCCGCGGGGACACUGAUCCUCGGAACUACCUCAAGGGAGAUAUUAAUAAAGUCUUCGACUGGGCAAGAGAAAAUAACAUGGUGUUUAACAGUGACAAGUUCCAGGUGGUGAGUUAUGGUGUAAACGAGGAACUUAACACAGGAGCAGGAGAAAUCUCUGAGUUAAGAGGGAAUGCAGAGAGCCUUUAUGACACGAAUAGACACGAUGAAACAUGUAAAAAAUUGCGACUGUCUCAAAAUGGGUUGAGGAGGAUGAAGAAGUCAUAUAAGAUGGUUGAGGAGGAUGAAGAAGGAUUAAGAAGUCAUAUAAGAUGGGUUGAGGAGGAUGAAGAAGGAUUAAGAAGUCAUAUAAGAUGGGUUGAGGAGGAUGAAGAAGGAUUAAGAAGUCAUAUAAGAUGGGUUGAGGAGGAUGAAGAAGGAUUAAGAAGCCAUAUAAGAUGGGUUGAGGAGGAUGAAGAAGGAUUAAGAAGCCAUAUAAGAUGGGUUGAGGAGGAUGAAGAAGGAUUAAGAAGCCAUAUAAGAUGGGUUGAGGAGGAUGAAGAAGGAUUAAGAAGUCAUAUAAGAUGGGUUGAGGAGGAUGAAGAAGGAUUAAGAAGCCAUAUAAGAUGGGUUGAGGAGGAUGAAGAAGGAUUAAGAAGCCAUAUAAGAUGGGUUGAGGAGGAUGAAGAAGGAUUAAGAAGUCAUAUAAGAUGGGUUGAGGAGGAUGAAGAAGGAUUAAGAAGUCAUAUAAGAUGGGUUGAGGAGGAUGAAGAAGGAUUAAGAAGCCAUAUAAGAUGGGUUGAGGAGGAUGAAGAAGGAUUAAGAAGGUCUGGAGAGGCCAGCAGUGAGCCACACACGACGACCAACUAUCUGGUGUUGAAUAUCAAAUUGCUUCAUUUGUUGCCUUUAAUGGCAGUGUCUUGCCUGUUGUCUUCCUAUUUAAUCAACUCUGGUGUUUUCGUUCACAGGGGACUUGGAUCAGGGGUGAAGUGGACUAACCUCAACCCUCAGAAGAUCCUAGACAAGAUGAGAAGCUUCAAGGGAUAUGAGAACGCCUUCCCGUACGCUUCCUUCGCCGACUUUAUGAAGAGGGCGGGCAUCACCACGGCCUACCAGGAGAAGCCUUGUCUCAACCCGUUCGACCCGCUGUGUCCGGACACGGCGCCCAACAAGCACUCCAGACAGCCUCCUGACGUGGGGGCGGAGCUGACGGGCGGCUGCUACGGCUUCGCGGGCAAGUACAUGCACUGGCCGGAGGACCUCAUCGUCGGCGCCACCACCACCAACAAGACCGGCCACAUCGUCAGGGGCGAGGCGGUGCAGAGUAUGGUGCAGCUGAUGGGCGCCAAGAACCUCUACGAGUACUGGGUCGACCACUACCGGGUCCACCACGUCGACUGGUCGCAGGAGAAGGCUGCCCUCAUCCUCGAAGCCUGGCAGAACAAGUUCACUCAGGAGGUGCUGACGGAGACCCAGCGGAGGCAGAAUGAGACGCGACCAUACCAACUCCUGCCCUUCUCCAGCGCCGCCCUUGACCACCUGCUCCGGGACUUCUCCGAGGUGCCCGCCUCCAGGGUGGCCCUAGGCUACAUCUUCAUGGUGGUGUACGCGUGCGUGUCGCUGGCACGGCUCUCAGACUCCGUGAGGUCGGCGGCAGGUCUGGGGCUGGCCGGGGUGCUCCUGGUGGCGGUGACGGUGGCGGCAGGUCUGGGCUUCUGCGCCCUCCUCGGCCUCCCCUUCAAUGCCUCCACCACCCAGGUCCUGCCCUUCCUCGCCCUCGGCCUCGGCGUGGACGACAUGUUCCUGUUGGCGCACACCUUCGUCGAGACCGCUGACAACACUCUCAUCCCCUACCAGGAGCGUGUGGGUGAGGUGGUGAAGCGGGCGGGAGUCUCCGUGGUCCUCACCUCCGUCUGCAACGCCUGUGCCUUCUUCGCCGGGGCGCUGGUGCCCGUGCCGGCCCUGCGAGCCUUCUGCCUGCAGGCGGCGCUGCUGGUGCUCUUCAACCUGCUCUCCGCCCUCGCCGUCUUCCCCGCCGUCAUGAGUCUCGACCUGCGGCGGCGCCACGCCCUAAGAGCAGACCUCUUCUGCUGUUUCCAGGGUGGGGAGAGGGAUCAGGUGCUGCAGCUGCAGCAGGCAGCGACCGCUGCUGCUGAAGAAGGGCGGAGCAGGCUGCGGCACUCUCGCCAGCCUCCGCCCGCCGCCCUCGACCGCACAAGAAAAGCGACAGUGACUCGAGCUUUGCCUCCCCCAGGGGGCGGCACCGUCACCCACGUGGUGCCUCCUCCCGCCCCUCGGGAGUGCUGGGGGGCGCCGCCAGACCCCCACGCCCCGUCCGCCCCCUCCCUGGAGUCCCUCUCCACCGCCACUUCCACCCGCGACCUCGUGGGCGGCGGCAAGAGCUGCUCGGGCUUGUCACAGGCGUGGGCGUCAGCAGUCAAGAUGUGGUCAGGGUGGAGCGUGGGGUGGGUGGCGGGGGCGGUGUACGGACCGGCGCUGACGCACGGGGCGGUGAAGGCGGCGGCCGUGGCGGGGCUGAUAGUGUCGGUGGCGGCGGCGGCGUGGGGCGUGAGCCGCGUGGAGGACGGCCUCGACCUGACGGACAUCGUGCCCAGCCACACGCCCGAGUACGCCUUCCUGUCGGCGCAGCAGCGGUACUUCGGCUUCUACAACAUGUUCGCGGUGACGCAGGGCAACCUGGAGUACCCCAGCAGGCAGCGGCUCCUCCACGACUACUACGAAGCCUUUACCAGCGUCACCAACAUCAUCAAGAACGACGACGGCGGUCUGCCGGAGUUCUGGCUCUCGCUCUUCAGGGACUGGCUCAUCGGACUGCAGGCGGCGUUUGACCGGGACUGGCGGGACGGGUGCAUCACGCAGGAGACCUGGCACACCAACGCUUCUGACGAGGGCGUCCUCGCCUACAAGCUCCUCGUCCAGACCGGCCACGUCGACAACCCCACCGACCAGUCGCUCGUCACCCAGAUCCGGCUGGUGGACUCUGAGGGCAUCAUCAACCCCAAAGCCUUCUACAACUACCUGACGGCGUGGGCGAACAACGACGCCCUCGCCUACAGCGCGUCGCAGGCCGACCUCCGACCGGAGCCUCGCCAGUGGUCGCACGACAGAUACGACUACGACCUCAAGAUUCCCAAGAGUCCGCCGCUGGUGUAUGCCCAGCUGCCCUUCUACCUCCACCAGCUGGGCGACACCACCUCCAUCACGGCCAUGAUCCACGAGGUGCGCGCCAUCUGCCGCAGGUUCGAGGAGAAGGGCCUACCCAACUUCCCCACCGGCGUGCCCUUCACCUUCUGGGAGCAGUACAUCAAACUCAGGUUCUACCUGGUGCUGGCGCUGCUGGCGGUGCUGACGGCAGUGUUCGUGGUGCUGACGUUGGUGCUGAUGAACGUAUGGGCGGCGGCGCUGGUGGUGCUGCUGCUGGCGACACUGGUGCUGCAGCUGUUCGGUGUCUUGGGCGUCCUGGGCGUGAAGCUGUCGGCUGUGCCGGCCGUCCUCCUCAUCGUCAGCGUGGGCGUGGGCGUGGAGUUCUGUGUUCACGUGACGGUGGGCUUCCUGACGGCAGUGGGCGGGCGGGACCGUCGCGUGAUCCUGGCGCUACAGCACAUGGCCGCCCCGGUCCUCCACGGCGCCGCCUCCACCCUCCUCGCCUCCAUCAUGCUCCUCUUCUCCGAGUUCGAGUUCAUCAGAAGGUACUUCUUCUACGUGCUGCUGGCGCUGACGGUGCUCGGGGUCCUCGACGGUCUGGUCUUCCUGCCGGUGCUGCUCUCGCUGGUGGGUCCUCCUGCUGAAGUUGUGCCUAGGAACCAUCCCGACCGCCUCCCGACGCCCACGCCCCCGCCCUCGCCGCAGCCCACCCACGCCCACUCCCACAGCGGGUCAUCGCGACGGAGCGGGGGUCGUAGCGGCUCUGGCGGGAGGAGUUGUCGCCGCUCGAGUGGUUCCGGGGGAGGGUCGUCGUCCCUGUACCCGCGCCUGCACGGCUCCAACCUCUCCCUCACCACCAUCACGGAGGAGCCGUCGUCGUCCACCCGGUCGUCGCAGUCGCUCAGGUCCUCACACGAAAUAGUGGUGGAACCUCAAGUGGUCGUGGAGACGACCACGUCGCCCGGGACGACUUACCUGGGGGAGGGUCACCACGACCACCACAUCACCACUAAGGUCACCGCCACAGCCAAGGUCAAGGUGGAGCUCCACACGCCGCUGCCUGGAGCUGUGGAGCCGACCUACCGCAGCAGCAGCAGCAGCGGCGGCGGUGGCGGUGGUACCAGACGCAGCAGCCGACGGAGUAGCAGCAGCAGCAGCAGCGGGGGCGGAGGCGUGGCUCACAGCCCGGCCUCAGCCUCGUUCAACUGCAGUUCUUCUUCGGGUGGUGCGGGCAAUUCUUCAUCCUCCUUUUCCUCCAAAGGGUCUUCAGACAUGGAUGAGGAAUCCUUCUCCAAGUGAGGUGUACAUCCGCCUCGUCCAUAUGGUGCUACUGGGCCCUCCAGAGGAAAGUCCAAGCCAAAAUCAAACAAGUCGAACCCUACUCAGUUACUCCACUCGUCAAAGAAACUGCUUCUGUCCCUUGUCAGCACCUUCUUAGGGGAUGUGAACUACUGCGACCUCAUCCAGUAUAAGGAUUCCAGCAAUAACCCAUUUUCAGAAGCUACUUCAUUGGAUCCUUAAUGCUGAGAUAGACUGACAUCUACAGCUUCAACUACCUCUUGAUCCAUCAUCCUCAAUCCCUCGAGGUUCAGAUAUGACCUCAGGUGAUCAAGUGAUCAAUCAGCAAGUGAUCACUCUCUCCACGUCUCCCGCGGAAGGUGUGUGCUGGUGUUGUGUGUUCCAGCUGGCACUCCAGUGUUCCAGCUGGCACUCCAGUGUUCCAGCUGGCACUCCACUGUUCCAGCUGGCACUCCACUGUUCCAGCUGGCACUCGAGUGUUCCAGCUGGCACUCCAGUAUGCAAGACACAAACACUGAGCCCCUGGGCUCCUCCCGUCCCUCCCCAGUGUAGAGUAAAUGUCUGGCAAGGCCAAGAUAUAUUUAGAGUAUUUUAAUCAUUUUGUCAUUCCUGGAGGUGUGAGUACCAUUGCUGUGUUUAAAGUGUUACAGUGGUGCAGGGAUCAAGCGGCCUCCCGUACAAGUACGCAUUCAACUGUCACUUAUCUGAUACCUUAUGUCCCUUAACAAGUGACACAUGUCAAAGCAGUAUUAAGAAAAACUGAUAAUUUUCUCUCCAGUAAUGCCUACUCAGUUGUGCUGUCUAACUCUACAAUGUUGACACAUUUAAGACAUGCCUCUAUCUUCUUACCUCAAUUUGUUUUUCUUAUUUUGGGAAUUGUUAUUGGCCUUUUAUUUGUUUUAUAUUAUAAAGGCAUGUACUACAAUUGUAUUUUUUAUUCAGAUGGUCAGUAUUUGUGAAAGGUGUUCAAUGAAGUACCUGUUUCUUUGCUCCCAUAAGAUGCUCGCUGUAUAAACAUUGUUAUUUAUGGAAGUAAAGUUGUGAUGGACCUGAGUUGGAUAAGGUGAUUCAGGCAGUGGUGUGGCGUCCCCUGCUCCGGGGCACUCCAACCCCUCCCUCACACUCCUCUCCUGUGCACGGGUUUACACUCACACAGAAGUGAAAAGUGUUCUUUUUGUUUCAAAACUAUAAGUGUUAAAACGAAGUGUUUAUGAUGAGCGAGUGUUUACAAGCGUCGACCAGCGAGUAGGUGUGGAAUGUGUCACCUUCCUCUAACACCUGUGGCUGAGUGAGCUGGUAGAUACUCUUGACAUCUGCAGAUAUUACAAGUCCAGCUUGGUGUGUGUGUGACGUCAUGUCAAGAUGUGGAGUGCAGUGUGACUCACACCCACACAAUCUAGUAUCAAUUUAUACCUCACUAAAGUAAGAGGAGAAAAUCUGUAAUGCGUAGCUCAUUUCUAAAGGCCAGUGAAUUUAUAUAUUAUAUGUUUAUAUAUAU